AUGCUCAAAACAACGAUUUCCCCAAUUUUCUCAUCGUUUACAGGUAAACCCAGGACUUCGAGGUUUAUUUUCAAAGCUUUUAAGGUAGUUCUUCAAGAUGCUCCACCAAGUGCUCGACGAAAUGCGUCAACCAAUCUGACCACGUUACACCAAGGCCCACCAACAUCGGCCUACGUUCAUCUUCCCUUCUGUCGCAAACGCUGCCAUUACUGCGACUUCCCGAUCUUGGCUCUAGGCACGUCGUCUUCUUCUUCAACCAAACCGUCAUAUGUCUACGAAGAAGGAAAAGAAGACGACCCACGAAUCACAAACUACGUGAAUCUGCUCGUUAGAGAAAUCAAAGCGACGAGCACAGAUUUCGACGCGAGGCCGAGUCUCGAGACUGUGUUCUUCGGGGGAGGCACGCCUUCUCUCGUUCCUCCAAAGCUUGUCUCUUUGGUUCUCGAAACAUUGAGCUCGAGCUUCGGGUUGAGUCCAGACGCUGAGAUAUCAAUGGAGAUGGAUCCAGGCACGUUCGGUGCUCAGAAACUUAAGGAGUUGAUGGAAUUGGGAGUGAACAGAGUGUCUUUAGGAGUUCAAGCGUUUCAAGACGAGCUCUUGAAAGCUUGUGGUAGAGCUCAUGGUGUCUCUGAAGUAUACGAGGCGAUAAAGCUCGUUAAAGACUGCGGAGUCAAGAAUUGGAGUAUGGAUCUUAUCUCUUCUCUGCCUCACCAGAGUCUGGACAUGUGGGAAGAGAGUUUGAGAUUAGCUAUCGAAUCACAGCCCAAUCAUGUUUCUGUAUAUGAUCUGCAAGUGGAACAAGGCACAAAGUUUGGAAACCUGUACACUCCAGGGCAAUCUCCUCUCCCUUCAGAAACACAAUCUGCAGAGUUUUAUAAAACAGCGUCGUCGAUGCUCCGUGGUGCAGGGUAUGAGCAUUAUGAAGUCAGCAGUUACUCUCGAGACGGGUUCAAGUGUAGACACAAUUUGAUAUACUGGAAGAACAAACCUUUCUACGCUUUCGGUUUAGGUUCAGCGAGUUAUGUUGGAGGGUUGAGGUUCUCAAGGCCAAGGAGGUUAAAGGAGUACACAAGCUACGUUGCUGAUUUGGAGAAGGGUGCAGCGAACUGGUGUGGGAACGGUGAUGUGAAUCUCAAGGAUGUUGCGACAGACAUCAUAAUGCUGUCUUUCAGAACAUCUAAAGGCCUUGAAGUUAAGGACUUUGGAGAAGCUUUUGGCAGCGAGGUAGUGAAGUCGAUAUGUAGAGUUUAUGAGCCUUAUGUGGAGAGUGGGCACAUUGUUUGCUUGGAUGAUAUGAGAAGAGAAGUGUUGAGUGGUGAAUUCAAAACCUUAGUGGCAAAUGAUGAAGUGAAGAUUGAGGAUCAUGUGAGGUACCUUAGGCUGAGUGAUCCAGAUGGUUUCCUCCUCUCUAAUGAGUUGAUAUCUCUAGCGUUCAAUGUCAUAGCUUCUUAA